AUGGAAGAAUCAGUGGGAGAAAAUAUCAAGAAAAGGUAUGCUGUAGUGACAGGGGCAAACAGAGGGAUUGGAUUUGAGAUAUGCAGACAAUUAGCUUCUCAUGGGAUUACUGUGGUGUUGACUGGUAGAGAUGAGAAAAGGGGUCUUGAAGCGGUCCAGAAGCUCAAGGAAUCUGAUGGCUUUUCUGAUGAUAUUCUGCUCUUUCAUCAGCUUGAUGUGGCUGAUUCAUCCAGUGUUGCUUCCCUAGCUGAAUUCAUCAAGAACAAAUUUGGAAGGCUUGAUAUCCUGGUAAACAAUGCGGGAAUUGUUGGAGCUGUUGUAGAUGUUGAAGGUUUCAGACGAGGAGUUGAAGCAAAGCUUGUUGGAACACAAGAUGAAUGGAAGUCCAUCAUGGCAGAGACAUAUGGCUUGGCGGCAGAAUGCUUGGAAAUAAAUUACUAUGGCGCAAAGCGAAUGGUUGAAGCCUUUUUGCCUCUUCUGCAAUCUUCUCAAUCACCAAGAAUCGUUAAUGUUACCUCGUCCAGUGGGAGGUUACAGAAUUUCAACAAUGAAUGGGCCAAAGAAAUAUUGGGUGAUGCUGACAACCUCUCAGAAGAGAGAGUGGAUGAGGUACUGCAUGAAUAUCUGAAAGAUUUUAGGGAGGGUAACCAAGAAACCAAAGGCUGGCCAUUAGCAUACUCCGUCUCAAAAGCGAGCAUGAAUGCUUACACAAGAAUUUUGGCUAAAAAGUUCCCUAUGUUCAAGGUCAAUUGCGUCUGUCCUGGAUUUGUGAAAACGGAUUUUAGCUUUCAUCUUGGCAGGUUGACGGUACAAGAAGGCGCUGAAGGUCCAGCAAUGCUGGCUUUGUUGCCUGAUGAUGGUCCUUCUGGCUUUUCAUAUUUCAGAAAGGAACUGUCAUCUUUUGAGUAA